AGAUCCUGAAAGUCAACCCAAAUAUAACAUGGCAUUAGUUUCCUACGAGGGAGGGAGACUGAACAGCCCGCGUUCGAGCCCAACUCGAGGUAUCUCGGGAUCUCCCGCGCAUAUGAGAAAGGAACCCCUGGGCGCCCAAGGCGGAACAGUGGACCCGUCGACAGUUGAAUCGGGCGUGGGGUUUAAUGCCAUCGGCAACGAGGUGUGGCACACUCCGCCGGCCGACAUGUCGGUGAUUAUUGGCGGGGCGCUUCCGGAACUGGUAGUCGGGUUCAACGGAUUUGACCCGGAAAGUAAGCACAAGGCAUGGUUGAUGGCAAUGGACUACGUACAGAAAUUCGAUAUCGAGUUAGACAAGACCACCUAUUAUGCAGGCGAGAUAGUGACAGGAAACGUCGUCGUAAUAACGACGGAAAACAUAAGGGUGAAAGGUAUCCGCAUGACACUGAGAGGCAAGGCACACACUGAGUGGAAGAUCAGCAAGGCUGGGGAGACACGCACAGUGAAGGAUGACGAGUAUUAUAUUGACGAACGGAAAAUAUUGUGGGGAAAAGAAAAGCACGAGGACGUGAACGCCCCCAUCCUGCCACGUGGAAAGCAUGCGUACCCAUUUGAAUUCAAGCUUCCGGAGACGGCGCUACCGUGCUCCUUCGAGAGCAAGGUCGGUCACGUGCGAUAUUACCUGCGGGUCGUCAUGGAUAUACCGUACGCGUCCCCACCACAGGGCAUCAAAUACUUCACAAUCAUUGGGCCACACAUCGAUUGCAUGGAGGAUCGGUUUUUGACGCCGAAGUUUGCAAGCGACAAACACCGCACGUGCUGCCUGUGUUGCAUGCGAGGUCUCGUGCGUAUCCAGGCAACCCUGGAGCGAAGUGCCUAUUGCUGCGGCGAACAUAUCCGAAUCAAGACGGAAAUCCAAAACGGAAACGACGAACCCGUAUACUUGUUGUGCAAGUUCGUACAGUACGUUGAGUAUUACAUGAACAAGGGCGUCCUGGGCGUCAUGAAGACAGUGAGCCACAAGGUGUGGGAGUAUCAGGCGGAGGCGGUGCGACCUCAGAGUUGUGCCCGGCAGGAUAGUCUGCAAGAGGCUCUGCAACUUCCUGUACUGCCGCCGACGAUGAUCGACGUAUGCGGUCUUAUUCAGAUCCAUUACAUGCUCAAGCUACUGGUGCUCGGUGAAAGCUCGGGCGAAUUGAUGCACGUGCAGUUCCCUAUCACCAUUGGCACAGUUCCCUUUCGUAUCCCGAAUGGCCCUCCACCGGAACUCAUGCACGAGGUCUGCGUCGAUUAUGUGGAAGGCGGCAAGUACAUCAGCUCGGAGUUCCAAGUUGGUCAGGUGUACGUCGGCGACGAGGAGCCGGAAGCGGAAGCGGAAACAGUCCUCUACCGCCCGGUCUACUUGUGCGUACCCCACGAGCGCAAAACAGUAACGAACACCAAAAAAUCCAAAAGCACGAACUCGACGAGUGAGGCGGACAAAGAAGUGUCUGUGAGCGAGGAAGUUAGUGUAGUGCAGCCUAAGCGGAGGUCGAUACCAAAAAUGAUGUCGUUUAAACAAUGUAGCGUUGAUAAACCGGAUAAAUUAAAACCGGAAGUUGUAACCGUGGAACCCGUGAGCACGCAAGAGCCAUGGGAAGUGGUCGCUCUUAAAGCAGACUGAAAACUAUCAGAAGUCGGUGUUAGAUUCGAUGCUGAACUUUGCACAGAAAGCCUUUUCCACGAUCAGAAAAACAUUUUCGGCAUCAUUCGGCACACUAUCCGGAAAUUUGAUCUACAUGUAUACCCUUUUUUAUUCAAAGCACAUUUCUACGUCGUAUUUAAUACACUAGUGACGUCUGUACUUUUUUAAAAUAUCGAUUUAAUUUCGUUUCUAGUGUUAAUGCACUCUUUUCUUAUAUAAUACAUGUUCAAUCAUAACUACAUGUAUUACGACUUGUUUAAUCUUGUCAACUGUCGUCAUCCUUUCAGGAUGGCAUCCAGAUAUCUGAAUCUCUAGAAUACGGCUUUCCAAUCGUUCUGUCGAUGUAAAAAAAACGCCUUCCGUACGUUUGCCUGCGUUAUAUGUAUAAAUAUACACAAGGAAAGUGACCUAUUUAACAGUGUAGUCUAAUGUUUUUGAGUAAAAAUAAUUUUUCUAUGUGUUUUAUGUGUACGGUACUGAUGCAGUGCCUUAUACCGCCAGUGCUCUUUAUCCACCACCCCAUCCACAUCAGCAUUUGAAAAACGGCGCUUAUAUGCGUGUUAGUCUUCAUCAAUACAAACAAUUUCAUUAACGAACUUGUCUUGUUUCCGUACUGAUCCAGCGAAUAUUGCAAUAUUAUAACUUCUUAUGUCUGUAUAACCACCUAAACAUAAAUACAUGACACAUGUGGGGAAAGCCAUUUACCAUAUGUGCAUUCCCAUUAUUGAGUUCCCACAUUAUGUAAUUGAUAAAAUAACCGUUUAUAUUGUAACUGAAUGUUUUAAUAAGUACACUUAAAUAAGGAAAGUGCACAUUAAAGUGGCCUUUUCACGUUUGGGUAAAUUGACAAAAUUGAAAAAAGUUGUUUCAUAUUCGCAAAUUGUCUUUGUAGUUAUGAUAUGUGUAAGGAAAGAGUAAUACUGAACAUUUACCAUGCUCUAAAAUAGCAAUUAUAUGCAUUUUUUGACGAUUUAAAAACCCGAAAAUUAUAAAGCGUUGCAACGCGAAACGAAUUAAUCAUUUGGAAAGUUCUGUUGUUGUCGUUAUAUUUUGUGAAACUACGAUGAAUGCUUAAAUAUAUAUAAAGUAUAAAAUACAUCGAUCGAUGUAUGCGGAAGGAUGGCCGAGUGGUCUAAGUCGUAGACUUUUUACUCCAGGACUCAAGGGGUCAUUGGUUCGAGCCCUGCUGUGAGUUACCUGUUUUUUCUUUUUUUUUAUUCUUGAUUUUUGACUGGAGCUUUUUAUAUCCAAUGUUUACAUUUAUCAAAAUAAAGCAUUUAAUGACAAACUUCAAAACAUGCCAAAAUAUGUGAAAAGGCCCCUUUAAAGAGGCCUUUUCACGUUUUGGUUAAUUGACAAAAAAAGUUGUUUCAGAUCCGCACAUUUUCGUUUUAGUUAUGAUAUUUGUGAGGAAACAGUAAUAAUGAACAUUUACCAUGCUCUAAAAUAUCCAUUAUAUGCAUCUUUUGACGAUUUAAAAACCUGAAAAAUAUAAAGCGUUGAAACGCAAAACGAUUGAAUAAUUUGGAAAUUUUGUAGUUGUCGUUUUAUUUUGUGUGAUACGAGGAUUGCUUAUAUAAAGUAUAAAAUACAUCCUUCAUGGUAUGAUUACGGUUGGCUGAGUGGUCUAAGUGGUAGACUUUUACUCCAGGACUCGAGGGGUCAGUGGUUCGGGCCCAGUUGAGGGUUACUUAUUUUAUAUAUUUUUAAUUGUAUUCUUUUUUUACUGGAGCCUUUUAGAUCCAAUGUUUACAUUUAUCUAUAUAAAGCAUUAAAUUACAAACUUCAAUACAUGCCAAAAUCUGUGAAAAGGCCCAUUGAAACACGUAAGUGCAUGUUUUAUUUUAAAAAUUAAUGAUUAUCAUGUCAUUAAAAAGCACUUUAUUUCGUUUCAACCCGAAGGGCGUGAGCUUCACAAGAACUAUCAUACAUUAAGAUAUAUUACUGUAAUAAAGUAUUAACCUUUACUACUGUUCAUUUUUGAAAAUUGAAUGAAAACAAUGGCUAACAACACAUUGAUUAAACUUAUCCCGGGUCCCGAUUUACGAUUUUAAACAAUCAUGUAUAACAAGAUGCAAAUAACUCCGUAUAGACAAGUGUCGUUGUAUUACGUUUUCAACUCAAUAUAAGUUGCUUUUGAGAUGAUAUGAGUCGUGUUCUGGAAAAACUGGGCUUAAUGCAUGUGCGAAAAGUGUCGUCCCAGAUUAGCCUGUGCAGUCCGCACACGCUAAUCAGGGAUGACACUUUCCGCCUAAAUUGGAUUUUUGCUUAAAAGAGACUUCAUUUAAACGAAAAAUGUCAUAAAAACGGAAAGUGUCGUCUCUGAUUAGCCUGUGCAGUCCGCACAGGCUAAUUAGGGACGACACUUUCCGCCUAAAUUGGUUUUUUGCUUAGAAGAGACUUCAUUUAAACGAAAAAUGUCAUAAAAGCGGAAAGUGUCGUCCUUGAUUAGCCUGUGCGGAUUACACAGGCUUAUCUGGGAAGACACUUUACCCUCAUGCAUUAUGCCAAGUUUUCUCAGAACACAACUCAUAUCAUUUGAACGAUAAUUUUUCCAAGCAAUUGGAACUUAUUUUAGAGGGGUGGCGGAUUAAGGUACUUUCAAGUGAAUAUAAUGUCUAUACAAUGUACAACUAUAAUGUCGAUUUUUUUUCGUAUCCCAAAAGGUCAAAAUGUUCUCAAAAUAUGCCAACAAGUGUAUAGUGAACCUAACAUGAUAUAUGUGCAUGUAUGUGCCAAUCCAUUCACUACUUUUAAAAAGCAUUUUAUAAAUACAUUCAAAAUGUUGCGGAUUUAGGCACUGCAGAAAUAUAUCAUGUGUUGUGCCUCAUGACUGGAAUGUUUUAAUAUAUAAACUAACUAAUAAAUUAAUAUACAAGACUUUAAUACAUCGUAUGUGCACCAGACAGAGUUAUAUUAUGUUCAAACAAAUUACUAGAGUUGAGCGAAUGAUUAAUUAAAACGCUAGUAUUUGUUCAAACUGUAUAACAGUAUCAGAAAUUACGGAGUAUGUGUGUGCUUUUCCCUCCCAUCUUGAAAGUCGUCGGAGUAGGGUCAACGUGUAUUGCACCACAUUCCCGUAUUUACGACAAAAUGCAUGAACGUUACAUUAAAGAUCGCGAGUAUCAAAUCGCUGUUAAAUAACAUUAGAGUUGUCAUCAUUACAAUAUUAAUUACAAUCGUGCCCGCUGCAGAAUAUGUGUGUCGGCAUAGAGCGUCCAUAGCCUUCUACAACGCUCCUUAGCAAAAUGUUAGGUCAAAUUCUUCAAAGAAAAUCAUUAAAUUGUGGUCCGAUCUAUUUAAGUGCAUCAUGUCUUCUGUCGGUGUACAUGUGAAAAGUUCGACGAUGUUACUUAAUGUUCCAAUAUUUAAAGCAUUAAUUUUCACAAUGAACAUCGUAUUCGAAUAUUCACCUUAAAUGACAUUGUUCAUUUUAGGAGCUUUAGAAAUUUGCGAAUGUGUAUGAGGCAGGAAUCUUCAAACAUUAAAUGUCACAAGUGCUUUUGUUGUUGAAACACAAUGUGCUUUUGUGUGUGUAUGGUAUGUGUUUUUAUUAAACGGCACCUUUUCGGCAUGAUUUGUAUAAGAUAUGACAUGUGUUAUUGGAGUAAUAAAAAUAAAUAAGGCACGAAUA